GGAAACGGGGUCUCCUGACCGGCCACAUGCAGCAGGAGGCUUGAGUACUACUUCCGGCAGUGACUGUACUGUAUUUCCUCCUCCUUUGAGGAUCCCAGCGCCCUGAACCCUGGUGGCCUUCCCUUCCCCUGCCAGUAUCCCUCGAGCCCCUCCCUUCGGGGCUGUUUUGGUGCCUGUGCUUUUCCCAGAACCUCGGCCUCUCCUUUCCUUUUCCUUGCAUAGUUACUCUUCCUGUGAUCUCUCAGGCCCCACCCUCCCCUCAGUCUGGGGGGCGCCGCCUCCUCCCUUCCUCUCUCCAAGCCCUUCCUCCACUCUUUCUAUUCCUGGUUGGACCAGACUCUCUCAUUGUCCAUUCCCAGGAAAGGCUUGUCUGGCUAGUCUCUGGUCACUGGUCACCGCUUACUGAUUGUAGGGUGGGGGCCUGAGCCCAGAAGAAAGCGGGUGGUGCGGGAAGCUCUGCCCACAGCUCACAACCCACAGCUCACAGCCCACAGCCCACAGCUCACAGCCCACAGCCCACAGCCCACAGCCCACGGCACCAACACCAGCAAGAACUUUAGAAACCUCAUUUUCUAAGUUAGUCCACAGUCAUAACGGGACAUCUCCCCAUGGCUUGUGUGUGUAGCGGGCUGGGUGAGUAUUUCAACCACAGGUGCCUCAGGGUGUCUCCCAGAAGCCAUUGCACCCAGGUGGCUAGGUCUGUGAGCCUGGGCAACUGGUACCCAGACCCAGGCCAGUGGUUCUUCGUCACUACUAAAGGCAUUUAUCACCGGAUGAGGAGAACUUCCUUCAGCGCCCCCUGAGGAGGUAACACUAAGCCCCAGGAACUACAGCCUACUGGCAGCUUCAGGGGAGUGACUGGAAUCUGGGGAGAAGUUAGGCCUUCCUACACACAGACCUGCAAGGGCACCCCUCUGCCUCUUCCUGCCUGGGGCUGUGUGGAUUUGGUUCUCUCUCCCCUCCCCCGUUCUGUUUUCGGAGCACACAGCUCAGAGGGGCCCGGAGUAUUUUUACUCAGUGGAUACAGAAGCAGAUGUUCAGGUCAAGCCCAGGCGCAUUCGCAGGCAGCAGCUGCAGGCUCUCACCAUCCCAGGCCCUUCAGGGUUGGAAAUGGCAGCCGACAGGACCCAGUUUUUGCAGCAAGCGAUUGCUCUUUGGGCUGCAGGAAGCAAGCUUAGGUUGGGGGUGUAGCAUCCUGCAAAACAGAACCCCGAAACACAGUGAAUGGGAUAUUUUGAAUGCAAACACACCUGGAAUCCCAACAGGGCUGGCUGGCCAUCCUCCCAGCCGAACCUCUAUCAGCCCUGUUGGUGCCUUUGACCUGUGGUGCUCCUCAGGACUUGCCUGACUUUCCCAGAUGAAGCCUGAGGGAGACACUGGUUUCAGGAACUGCAGAAGACCUGUGUGUGUGUGUGUGUGUGUGUGUGUGUGUGUGUGUGUGUGUGUGUGUGUCAGUGGCAAGCCUCAGUGAGAGCUGACCCAGGACUUGUAAUCCUAAGGGGAGGGGAGGUAAUCAGAACGGGCAAGAGUCAACAGGCUUGGGAGACGUGUGCAUGGGUACGUGUGUGCGUGCAAGCGUGCGUGUGUGUGUGUGUGUCUGUGUGUGUAAAAAGGCCAGUCUCAGACACAACUUUUCAUCUGAGAGAAAAUGGCCUAUAUGGGGGCCAAGCCACUAGGCCCAAUGCCCUGUCCCCAUGAGCUUGGUCAAAACAACCAUAGACUAUCUCCUUAGGCUCCAAAUUCUAGUCUCAAGGACACAGCUACAGAUUUUGCUUCAAACCCUUCUGGCUGUGUCGUGGGUGAAAGUCCCCCCUUUCCCCACUUAAAUGCCAUUUGUUCUCUCUCAUGCUUAUGACUUUCUCAUAAACUACUCUAAUUCUGGGAAGCAGGGAGAAAUAAAAGAAAGAAGAUGGGGGUUGGGGAUUUAGCUCAGUGGUAGAGCACUUGCCUAGCAAGCGCAAGGCCCUGGGUUCGGUCCCCAGCUCCGAAAAAUAGAAAAACGAAAAAAAAAGAAAGAAAGAAAGAAAGAAAGAAAGAAAGAAGAUGAUACACUUGGGAUGCAGAAACUCGGCCUUCACGUGGGGUCAUUAAUUUUCCUACAAGAUACAAUUUUUCAUAAUAAGUACCUUAUUUUUUUUUAACUGUGGGAAUAUUAUAGGAAAUUUUUGAAGGAGAGGAAUUGCUGGGUAUAAUGGCGGACGUCAGUAAACGGAGCACUGGGGAAGUAGAACCAGGUGGGUCAGAAGCUCCAGGCCAACCCAAGCAACAUAAUCAACUCCAUCUUGGGAGGGAAAAGACAGAUGAAGAGGAGGAGGCAAGGAGGGAGAAAGAGAUAGAUCUCAAGGAGGGAGGGAGGACAGAGGGAGCGAUAGAUCUCAGGGAGGAGGGACAGACAGAGGGAGAGGUAGAAAUAGAUCUGCCUCAAGGAGGGAGGAGGGCGUGACAGAAUGAGAAUUGCCGUAAUUAUUUUUAUAGACAACCACAGUUAAUAUUUUGGUUUUUUGAGACAGGGUUCCUCUGUGUAGUUCUGGCUGUCCUGGAACUUACUCUAUAGCCCAGGCUAGCCUCAAACACAGGCGUGUAACACCAGGCCCGGCAUAGCUAUUUCUUACAUGUGUAAGUUUAUUUUUAGUAUUUAUAACAUUGGAAGUUUUUAUUUUUUAAUCAGCAUGCUAGGUAUUAGAUGGCAUUACGGCAUGCGAGUUUCCCGCGCUACUGAGUGCUAUGGUGGUUUGUUAUGGUACUGGUCCUCAUGCAGGCUGGUCAAGAGUGAUGCUCUGAGCUACACCUCAGCUCCAUUCUCUUCCUGUCAAUCAAAAUUCUCAGCCUCCUGAGUGGCUGGGGUUCCAUGUCUGUGCCUCCAGGUCCGGCUUCAGACGUCACCAUUGACAUCUAAAAUAUCUCAGUUCUUCAUAGUUAGAGACUUAUAUCUUUCCCCAAAUUGACAGUAUUGCAAGAAAACAUUCAUUAUCUUUGUCAAUAGGUUCUUUUCAAGGUUAAGAUUAUCUCUCUGAGAAAAGGCUAAGAACUAGACUUAUCCCAGGGCAGAGGGUCAGGGUAGCAGGAUUGUGCGUGCCGGCGAACGUGCUCGUGGGCGUGUUGGGGUGAGUGUGUUGGUGCGAGUGUGCCCACAUGUGAUCCUGUGCACAUGUAAGUGUAUUUGUGAGUGGGCCGGUGUGACUGUGUGCUUGUGAAAUAUCCUUGUGUAUAGGUAUGAGUGUGUGUCUGUGCAUCAGUGUGUGUGUGUGCGCUCAGGUGUAAUGCAUGCCUGAGCGUGUGUCAGUGUCUCUGCUGGGAAGUUGCUAUGCUUCUGUGCCACUGUGAGCAUUGCACUUAUAGACACGUCAGAGCUGCUUUUCUCAUUGGCCCUGAGAGAGACAGCCUCGACUGACCCCCAACCGACCCCACUAAGCAAUCUCUAAGGACUAAAACUCCUACAAGCCUGCAGGCUGACCAGGCAAAGCUCUCAGGACAGGGAGACCAAACCCCUCAGAGUUCUAAGGCCUCCUUUAAGGCUAUGGAGAGGAACCGUGUGGAAUGAGGUGUUUAUGUGCUGUGUGGGCUGGCCUGCCCAGGGUGCACAGCCCUGGCUCAGAUAUGCGUCAUCCUGGCCUGGCUGAGCUGAGCUCCAAGGGAGGCUGCACUGGUUUUCUCCUCAGAAAGACUAGUCUGUGGGGUCAGCCAGCGGAGCAUGGCUUUAUUGGAUACUCCCCAGAACUGCUACAGAGCAACAUCCUGCCUGAGUACAGCCCCGGGGAGUCAUUCUUCACUGUGUUUGGGGUGUUCUUCCCCGCAGCUACAGGAGUCAUGGCUGGCUUCAACAUGGGAGGAGACCUGAGGGAGCCUGCUGACAGCAUACCCCUAGGCUCCCUAGCAGCUGUUGGUAUCUCGUGGUUUCUCUACAUCAUCUUUGCCUUCCUGCUUGGUGCCGUCUGUACCCGAGAGGCCCUCCGCUCUGACUUCCUGAUAGCUGAAAAGGUAUCUCUGGUUGGUUUCCUCUUCCUGUUGGGCUUGUACAUCUCAUCCCUGGCUUCCUGUAUGGGGGGACUCUAUGGAGCCCCCCGGAUCCUGCAGUGCAUCGCCCAGGACAAAGUGAUUCCAGCUCUCGCCUUUCUGGGGAACGGGAAAGGGCCAAAUAAAACACCCGUAGCAGCCAUCUGCCUGACCAGCUUGGUGACCAUGGCCUUUGUCCUUGUGGGUCAGGUGAAUGUUCUGGCGCCCGUGGUCACCAUCAACUUCAUGCUGACCUACAUCGCAGUGGACUACUCUUACUUCGCCCUCUCCAUGGCUCACUGCGGCCUCGCCCAGUCUCCUGAGCCCAUGCCCAGACAAGGCCCGGAUGCUCUGCACUGCUCUGAGCACCUGCUCCAGGACAAGGCUCCCAGCUAUGGCUCAGACACCCCUGCCGGAAGCCUCUCUGAAGGUACCCUGCUGGAGUUCACCAAGGACAUGGAUCAGCUCCUCCAGCCAAUAGGGGGACUUGAGAGUCAGCCUAGGUCAAGAGACGUUAACCAGGUCCUAAAGAGUCAGAAGCACAAGUGUAAGAAAGACGCCAAGCAAACCCUACAAGAUAGCUUCCUCUUGGAUGCUGAGUCUCCUUUGUCCUUUUCUAUGGGGGCCUCUGAGAGGUUGUCGGUUGCCUCCUGUGGAGAGCAAGAGUCCUAUCAGAACCAGCAGACUUCUAGGAGUGAAUCACAUGACCAUCUUGUCCCUGAUCUGUGUACCCAGCCUAGAGCGAACGGAGAAGAUUUCUUUCUGAAAUGCAGACUUCAGGAACAGCAGGUCCAGAGGAGACCAAGUGCUUUCUAUGUUUGCAUGUGUAACCCCUGGGUCUCCCUGUUAGGGGCUCUUGCAUCCCUGCUCAUCAUGUUUGUGAUCCAGUGGCUCUAUACCCUAGCUAGCAUGGGUGUUGCUGCCCUUGUGUACCUCUACAUUGGCCAGGCCAGUCCAGGCCUUUACCUCGGAUCAGCAUCAAACUUCAGCUUUUUCCAAUGGAUGAAGUCCUUCUUGGUCCCCUCCUGCAGGAGCCUGAGAUCCACCCGGGAGCAAAUCAUCUUGGCACCGUCCCCAGCCAAGGUUGACAUGGCAAUGACUCAGCUUACCCAGGACAAUGCAGACUUCGCCACCCGAGAUCGUUACCACCGCUCUUCCUUCCUGAGUCGGGAACAGCUGAUGCCUCCCUACUAGACCCUCGCUGGAGCCCUCCUUUCUAGAAGCUGCUGUGGAGCUGAGGGACCCAAACCUCAGAACCUUUGGAAGUUGCUUCUACCAAUAAGAAAUCCCAAGACUGGUCUUCCCACCACAGCCUUGGACACCGGAAAUCACAUUCCAGACACUAGGCAUGGCCAUGGCUUCCACGUGCUUGAGGAGCCCACAGGCCACCAGGAUAAUGUAAAAAAACAAAAUGAGAGUUCUUAUUCUAAGAGCCAUAAUAAAUACUUCUUUUUAAUUUUA